UUAUUUUACAGAGUUCGAACGAUUUUCACAUUUUGCCUCAUCCUACAUAGAGUUAAUCUUUGAUUAUUUGUCCAAAAGUAAUGUACAUCCUAUUUGAGCAAAGACGAUCGUGUUAUAAAUUUUCACUUUUCACCCGGUAGGUCAAGUUGCGUGACGCGCUAGUUAGUUCGUUGCAGUUUUCUCGCGCGCGUGACGCGGAACUCGCGUGGGUGGAUGGACAGCUACACAUGAACGCUUCCGACUCGCACGUGGGGCUGGUUCUAGAGGAUGGAGAAUUGCGUGACGAGGACGAAGGUCAGGAGAAAAUGGAAACUGAUCAAAGUGGUAAGGAGGAGCCAAUGGACACGGUACCUGUGUUAGAGCAACUUUCGUUGUCUGAGAUCACUGGGCACACCUCGGUGUAUAUCAACGAGCCUCGCCUGUCAGAUUUUAAGCAGGUGUUGAACAAGGCCGGUAUCCAGGCGGAAUUUGCGGGUGGCGUUCUGAUCUGUAACAAUGUUGUUGCAGUUAGAAGGAACGAGACUGGUCGCGUGGGACUGGAAGGAGCCGUGUGCGAUGACUAUUACAAGAUCCGGGAACUUUUAUAUGAACAGUACGCUGUGGUGUAAAGAAAGCAGUAGUUGUGCCAAAGAACACUGCAAACAACGCCAUGCUAAGAACUUUGGUAGACACAAAAAAAAACUGCUCAAUGGCUGUCGUUUGAGAAGUCAGCGGUUUUGUUUAACAAGAAAGUUUGCAGUGCCUGAGAAAAUCUUGUCUGUAAUCUGCGAAAAAGCUUCCAGGAUUAAGUUUCGUUGGUGAAGUUUAUGUUGCUUUGUAUAGUUGAGAUAACAAGCACGGAAGCCUCAGGAAAGGCGUGAACUGAGUUCAAUGAAACAAAACCCUUCCCUACAAGAGUUUUCAUGUGCGUUUGAAUCUCUUCGAGUCGUGGUGGUGUGAAAGAAAGAGCAGGAGAACAAGGAGGAACACAAACAAGAGGAGCAGGAGCAGGCGGAGGAAGACCAGAGUGAAGAAGAGCUGAUGGUGGUGAUGUGAAUGGCUUGAACAUUGUUGAUAACUUUGCUUCGAAGGGGAUUUUCCUCAUCAAAAAACACUCACAAUGUGCAAAAUCACGUGUGUUCGAUGUCAGAGCACAAAGACAGCACAGCACCUGGUGAAGCUCCACAAGAACCGAAGCUUCCUCAAAUCGACUGCUUUGAUCACGGAAUUUUUUCUCAGUAGACAGUGUUGCUUCCGUCGUUGUAAAAAGGAAACAUUUUAUCGUUGACUUUGUUUUGACUUAAAACCUUAGAUCUGCAAUUACCUAUUGCGACAAGAACAGUAAGAGACAGUUCAGUUGAAGAGCCCUAAUUUCUUGUUAAUUAAAAAAGAAAUUCAUUUCGUGUACUAAUGGAGCCAUUUUCGUAAUAUUACGAGAUAAAUCACACCCAAAGAAAUUACGGCGCGUGAUUGGCGUAGUAGGUAAUUGCUUUGCUCUGAUUAAUUAGAGGAGAGUUUCUUGUGAACCAAUUUUAAAGUUUUCUAACAACUCAAAAGAAAAGUCGUGGAAACGUUGAGAAAUGAAUGGAAAACUGCGCAGUUACGAAUAGACCCACUUAGUUCCCUCGAAAAGAUUGUUUUUGCAUGCAGGAAUUGUCUUGGCUUAGGAGGAGGAAAACUAAUGAGGGUGGAAGGCAGAACUUGUUAAAAAAAUAAAAUUCUUAAGAG